AUGCUUUGGACUUCCGCUACCUCCAAAUCCUUGCGACCACCUCCAACGAACCCCACCAGCGAACCCCUUCAUUAUUCUGGCGAGUCGGCGAUUUCUCUAGCUUCGAGCAACGUUUUCUCCGACGACUUCAGGCUUAGUAUUACACUUCUAAUUCAUGUUUUGAUCACUGCUACUUUCUUAAAAAUGGUUAAUAAAAGGGAAACUGAUCCUGGAUGGGCUUAUGGGACAAAGGUUGAAGGAAAUAACCAAUGUGUGCAAUCAAAGUGUUCAAAAGUCCUAGCUGAGGUAAAAGCUUUCUAUAAAGAAGCUUUUGAUAAGAAGAAACAAGCAAAAGAGGCAAUGAAUAACAUACCACACUUUGAUGAUGUUGUGGAUCUAGAUGAAGAAGUAGAUGAUGAUGAAUUGAACACUCAAAAGAGGCAUUGCCCUAUUUCAUCUUUCGGAUCAACCGCAACUAAUAAAAACACUAAAGGGCCUAUGCAUGCGUAUUACAACCAAUCUGAAACAGGGGGUAAGAAAAAUGGGCGUUUGGUUGGAACUCCACAACAUAAAGAUGUCCAAAAAAGUUUAAGAGCAGAUGCGGUCCAAAAGUUUUUACGUUGGAUGUAUGAUGCAGGUGUGGCAUUCAAUGCUGUGACAUACGAUAGUGUAGGGCCCGCAAUUGAAGCGAUAGCUAGACAUGGUUGCGGUAUGAAACCACCUAGCUAUCAUGAGGUCCAAGUCCCGAUGUUGAAGCUUGAAAAUAUGCACACUAAGAAAAUUAUGUGUGAAAAUGAGGCUAAAAAAACAACAUAUAGAUGUUCCUUAAUGGCAGAUGGAUGGAGGGACAGAAAAGGAAGUGCACUCAUAAAUUUCUUAGUGAACACUCCCCGGGGAAGUAUGUUCCUUGAAUCGGUUGGUGCAUCUAGUUAUUCACAUACCGGUGAUAACAUGUUCAUUUUAUUUGACAGUUUCAUAAAACAAGUCGGCCCGCGUGAUGUUGUUCAAGUUGUCAUAGAUAGUGCUAGCAACAAUGUUUUUGCUGGCAAGCUUGUGGAAGAGAAAUACCCGUACAUCUAUUGGACUCCUUGUACAACGCAUUGCAUAGAUUUGAUAUUUGAGGACAUCUUCAAAUUGCCACAUUUAAAAAGGACACUUGAUAAGGCAAUCACGGUGAACACGUAUAUUUACAAUCGUACUUUGCUACUUAAUAUGAUGAGAGAGUUCACUGGGCAAAAGGACAUGGUGAGGCUCGUAAAGACUCGAUUUGCCACAACUUUCAUCACCCUAAAUUGUUUUAAGGCUAACAAGAGGAAUUUUAAAAAAAAAAUGUUCACUUCUGAACAAUGGAACAGAAGCAAGUUUUCAAAGUUGGAUGGAGGCACGCACACGGCAAAUACUAUAUUGACGCCUAACUUUUGGAACAAUAUAGAUAUUGCAGUAAAAAUUGGUUGUCUGUUGUUAAGUGUGCUUCGGUUAGUUGAUGGAGAGAGAAAGCCUCCAAUGGGUUACAUAUAUGAGGCGAUGGAUAGAGCAAAAGAGGCGAUUGCUGAUGCUUUCAAAAACAAAGAAGAUAAGUAUGCAAAAGUCUUCAAAAUCAGUGAUAGGAGGUGGAAUUGCCAAUUGCAUCAACCUUUGCAUGCUGCUGAGUAUUACUUGAAUCUGGCCCUGUAUUAUGAAAAUCCGAAUGUGGAAAAUGAUGAUGAAGUGAUGAGUGGAUUAAUGUCGUGUAUUCAUAAAUUAGCAUUGAAUGAGGACGAGGAGAUGAAGAUUCAUGCCGAGCUUCCAAUAUACCGAAGUGCACAAUGGAUCUUCGGGAACCCGAUAGUGAAGAAAAUGAGAGUAAAAAUUGCACCAGCGGAGUGGUGGAUGCAAUAUGGAGCAUCAACCCCGGCAUUAAAAAAGUUUGCGGUCAAGUUACAUUCUAAGAAAAGAAACCGGCUAGAGCAACAAAAGUUAAAUGACCUUGUUUAUAUCAAGUAUAACCGGGCUUUAAGAAGGAGGUACAAUAUGCGUGAUACGAUUGACCCAAUUAUAUUGGACGAUGCAAAUGUUAUAGAUCCAACUGAGUGGCUGAUGGGAGGCGAAGAAGAGGAGGAAGAUGCCCCGGUCUUCGAGGGUGAGAAUUUAACAUGGGGUCAAGUUGCAGAUGCUGUUGGGGCAUGUGAGCAACCUUAUUCUACAAAAAGUAGGAAUAGGGGGGCUGUUGACAAGUCCGCAUCGAGCUCCAGAGGAAGAUGUUUAAUAGACGAGGAUGAUGAAAAUAACUUGGGUGAAGAAGAAAAUGAUGUAGUUGCUUAUGAAAUUUUUGAGCCAUCAUCUAUUCAAGAUGAUGAUGAUGAGCUUGUCUAUGAAGAUCUAGAUGAUCUUUGA